AUGUCUAGAGUAUUAGUAAUUGGUGCAGGUGGGGUCGGAGUGAUCACUGCAGUCUCGUUGUGGUUUAAAGGGGAGAGCGACGUAUCUUUGGUCGUAAGAUCCGAUUACGAUAAGGUGUCAGAGCAGGGCUACACGAUCGAAUCGUGCGAUUACGGCCAAUUGGAAGGGUGGAGGCCACACCACAUCUAUAGGACUGUGGAGGACGCUGCUGCGGAUGCGAGUGACAAGGGGUACGACUACGUCGUGGUGACUACCAAGAAUAUCAUCGACGGCCCCGCUGACUCCAGAGUCCCCAACAUCAUCAGGCCUGUGCUUGAGAGGAACAAAAGCUUGCACGGGGCGCAAUUGACCACGCACAUUUUGCUGGUGCAGAACGGUAUCGAUAUUGAGAAGGACAUCUUGGCGGAGUUCCCUCGGGAUGAGUUCCAGUACACGGUGCUUUCCGGCAUCCAGUUGAUCGGUUCCACUAAGAUCGGGACCGGUCAUAUCAGCCAGGUCAGCCAGGACUACCUUUCCUGCGGGGCCUUCGACCCACAGGACGCUGUUGCUGUCCAAGCUGCCAACGACUUCGUCCGAAUGUACAGCAACAAGGGCCACAACUUCGUGGAAUUCGAGCCCAGGGUCCGCUACUCCCGGUGGAAGAAGCUCGUCUACAACGCUGCCAUCAACACAUCCACGGCCCUCGUCGGGCUGGACGUUCCCCGUUGUUUGGAGUUCGGCGUCGAUAAGAAGAGCACUGCGACUGAGGUGUUCCAGCCUGCCAUGAGAGAGAUCAUCGCCAUUGCUGCGAGUGAGGGCAUCGUCAUCGAGGAGAAGUUCGUGACGAUGUUCACUGAGAUCACCAGAAACAAGGUGUUCAAGCCCUCCAUGUGUGUAGACCGCGACAAGGGUCAAUUGAUGGAGCUGGAGGUGAUCCUGGGCAACCCCAUCAGAAUCGCCAAGAGAAACGGUGUCCCAACGCCCACUCUUUCCGUGCUUUACAACCUGCUCGUGCUAGUGCAAGCCAGACUAAAGGAGUUGAAAGGGCUCUUGAAGUUCGAUGAAAAAACCGCCCGUCUUGUGGAAGAGUAG